GCGCUAAGCAGUCCUCUCUCAGUUCCACAUUGGAAAUUGCGCGGUGGGAAAAUUCCAAAUUUUUUUUUUUCUGCCUGGGCUCAGCCUGGGCUCAUCCUUGCGACGAGAAACAUCGCGAUCCCGCCGCCGAUUAUUCCCUUCGUUUUCCCUAUUUCGUGAUACCCUUUUCUUUUGUUUUAUAUCGAGGGUGCGACACCAUGGAUCAGCAGAGGUUGGCAGCGCUCCUGCAGGAGUCGCAAGUCCCCGACACGCAGAACCUGAAAGCCGUCACGGCCGAGCUCCAGAAGAACUACUACUCGCACCCCGAGUCCCUCCUUCUGCUCAUUGAGAUCGUCGCAACCCACCAGGAUGUGAACGUGCGGCAGCAGGCAGCCGUGCAGGCCGCCCGCCUUGCUGUGAAGCACUGGGAGAAGAUCCCCAAGGAGCAGAAGCCCGCCGUGCGCCAGCACCUCGUCCAGGCCACCAUGAACGAGCAGACCCCCAAGGCCCGCCAUGCCAACGCACGCCUCGUCGCCGCCAUCGCUGCGCUCGAUCUCGAGGACGGCGAGUGGCCCGAUCUCGUCCCAGCCCUCUACAACCUCGCCACCAGCAACGAGGUCAGCCAACGUGAGGUUGGCUCCUACAUCAUCUUCAGCCUGCUGGAGGAGAACCCGACGUCCUUCUCCAACGACAUCGACAAGCUCCUCGAGCUGUUCAGCCGUACCUUGCGCGAUCCCCAGAGUGCCGACGUCCGGAUCAACUCGAUGAUGUCGAUCGGCGCCAUGUUGCUCAUGUUCGAGCCGCUCGAGGACGAGGAGUCCGUCGCCAAGCUCCAGACGCUGAUCCCUUCCAUGGUCGACGUGUUCAAGGACGCCGUUCAGUCCGGCGAUGACGAGAAGACGGGCCAGGCCUUCGAGGUGUUCCAACAGUUCCUCGCCUACGAGUCGGCGCUGCUCGGCAAGUACCUCAAGGACCUUGUCCAAUUCAUGAUCGACCUCGCUGCGAACAAGCAGGCCGAGGACGACGUCCGGGCACAAGCCCUCGCAUUUCUCGCGCAGACUGUGCGCUACCGCCGCAUGAAGAUCCAGGGCAUGAAAGACAUGGGCCAGGAGCUCACCCAGAAGAGCUUGUUGAUCCUCACCGAGAUCGGCGACGAUGAGGACGAUGACGACAUGGGUCCGGCCAGGUCGGCUUUAGCCCUUCUCGAUCAGCUGGCCAACGACCUACCGCCCCGCCAGGUGAUCGUUCCGCUGCUCGACGCGCUCCCCAACUUUGCGACGUCCAGCGAGCCUGGCUACAGGAAAGCAGGCAUUCUUGCCUUGGGCACCGUCGUCGAGGGUGCGCCUGACUUUAUCGCUUCACAAGUUAAGUCCAUCAUGCCUCUUGCAAUCAACUUGCUGAACGAUCCCGAUGUCGGCGUGCGGCACACGGCCCUCAUUGGUCUCGCCCGUCUGGCCGACGACAUUGCGGAGGAGCUCUCGGCCUACAACGAGCCCAUCAUGGCCGCGCUGGUAAAGAAUCUGCAAGCCGCCAUGGCCCCCACGGCCGAUGAGAAACUGGCCAAGAAGAACAUCGAGAUCAUCCGCUCCGUUUGCGGUGCCCUCGAUGCCAUGUCUGAAGGUCUCGACGCCGAGUUUAUGCAGCAGCAUGCCAGCGAGCUGAUCAGCAAUAUCGGCGCCCUCAUUACCCACGACGACUACAAGGUCAAGGUCGCCGCCUCGGGUGCUAUCGGCGCGAUUGCCGAGUGCCUUGGCGAGGGCUUCAAGCCCUACUUCGAGCAGACGAUGCACGCCCUGGGACCGUAUCUCACCAUCAAGGACUCGGAGGACGAUCUCUCCCUGCGGAGCGGUGUGUGCGACUCGAUCGGCCGCAUCGCCACCGCCGUCGGUGCCCAGGCUUUCCAGCCCUACGUGGUCGACUUGAUGAGGUCCAGCGAGGAGGCUCUGCAGCUUGACAACUCGAGGCUCCGCGAGAGCAGCUUCAUUCUGUGGAGCUCGCUCGCCAAGGUCUACGAGAAGGACUUCGCGCCUUUCCUUCCCGGCGUGUUCAAGGGCCUCUUCGACAGCCUGAAGCUGGAGGAGGAGGAGAUCAAGCUGACGCUCAGCGAGGAGGAGAAGGGCAUCGUCGGCACUGACAACGAGGUCAUCACCGCGGGCAAGAAGCUCAAGAUCAAGGGUGCCGAGGACGAUGACGAGGACUGGAUGGAUGAUGAUGACGAUGACGACUACGAGGACUUUGGCGUAUCGGUGGAAGCGCUUGAGAAGGAGGUUGCCAUCGAGAUCCUCGGCGAUGUCAUCACCUACGCCUGCGGCACGCACGAGAUCACCGAGUAUCUCGAGAGGGCCGUCGAGGCCAUCUCCCCGCUCGCCGAGCACUCGUACGAAGGCUGCCGCAAGGCUGCCAUGGCUACCCUGUGGAGAUCCUUCGCCCGCGUCUGGCAGCUUAUGGAGCAGGAGACUGGCACCAACUGGGAGCCCGGUCUUCCGCUCAAGCAAACCCCAUCCGUUACGUUGGUCAAGCUCGGGGAGAUCGUGUCCAAGGCGACCCUCGCGCUCUGGCAUGAGGAGGGCGAUCGGUCCGUGGUCACCGAGAUCAACCGCAACGUCGCGGCUACCCUCAAGUCGUGCGGCCCUGCUAUCCUCGCUCAGGAGGAGUUCAUGAAGGAGGUCGUCACCGUCAUCUCGACCAUCAUUACCCGGUCCCACCCGUGCCAGCAGGACCUCGGCGACGAGGAUGAGGAGCAGGAAGUGGAGGGCACCUCCGAGUACGACUGGCUCGUCAUCGACACGGCGCUCGAUGUCGUGAUCGGCCUCGCCGUCGCCCUCGGUCCCGGCUUCGCCGAGCUCUGGAAGAUCUUCGAGAAGCCCAUCUUGAAGUUCGCGGCUUCCGAGUCGGAGAACAUUGAGCGGUCUACCGGUGUCGGCGUCAUCGCCGAGUGCGCAGCCAACAUGGAGGCUGCCGUGACGCCUUACACCGAGAGGCUCCUCAAGCUUCUACUCAAGCGCCUUUCCGACACGGACCUCGAGACCAAGAGCAACGCUGCCUACGCCACCGGUCAGCUCAUCUACAACUCGACCGACAGCAAUACCUACCUGCCGCACUACCCCACCAUUCUGCAGAAGCUUGAGCCUAUGUUGCACAUCCAGGAGGCGCGCAUCAAGGACAAUGCGGCUGGCUGCAUCUCGCGCAUGAUUAUGGCGCAUCCGGAUCGGAUCCCACUUGGCGAUGUUCUUCCCGCCCUCGUCGGCCUGCUUCCCCUCAAGGACGACUACGAGGAGAACUCGCCCGUUUACGAGUGCAUCUUGAAGCUUUAUGAGUCGAACGAGCCCACCAUCCAGCAGCUGGCGCCGAAGCUGGUCCCCGUCUUGGAGGCGGUGCUGAGCCCGCCGACGGAGCAGCUCGACGACGAGACGCGCGAGGUCGUCCGCAAGAUCGUCUUCUUCCUCUACAACGCGAAGCAGGACCUCUUCAGCGCCAACCCGAACGUGCUGAAGCUCGCCGGCGUCGCUUAGACGCGGGAUGCGCGUGUGGACAGGCUUUGCGGGUGUUGGAAGUGGCGCGGGAAUGGGCGGACAUCGCACGAUGACUCAGGAUGCCCCGGAUGAGUGAUGAGUUCCGACCUGAUGAUGACGUAGAUUAGAAUGCGGGCUGGCUUAAUGGGUGGUUGCAUCGGUUUGGGGUUGCUGGGGUAUGGGAGCUAUAAAAGUUUUGGGGAGCCAGUUGUAUGUAGAGGC